AUGAAUGCAAAAGAAAAGGAACACAAAGCAAAGGCCGUGUAUUUAGGCAUUGAACUAUCCUACAACAAAACAUAUGUGGAAUAUUUCGGAAUAGCUCCUGAAGAUACGCAUUUGCUAAUGAUUAACUCAACGAAAGUGGUGAAAAGUGUGUUCUUGGAGAGUCGCAUUAGCAAUAUGGAAACCAAUAGGACCAUAUAUAAUGUGAAAAACAUAGCAAUUUGUAGUUUCCUCAACAAUCGAUUGAUGUCCAAAUUGUAUUCGGCGAUUUAUGAUCAGUUUGUGGGCAAUUCCAGUAUCUUCAAGUGUCCAAUUCAGCCUGGUGUAUAUUACCUGAGAAACGAUGUGAGGGAACUUGAUGUGCCUAUGUUUCAUCCACCUGGCAAGUUCAGUUUGACUGUACGAAUCAAGGAAUUAAAGGACGGACCUGUAGUUUUGCAAAUUUUCUGGAAAUAUCGAGUUUUGCGUAUAUAA